AUGGUGGUUGCCACGGAGCGAGGCGCCGAGUGGGGUUCUGCCAGGAGGAUUGCCCCUGCUGCGGCCUGUGCUCGGCUUCCCUUCCUCUCUGUGAGGUACAGGAAGGCUUUACCACCGACCCAGGUCACCAGAGCUGCAGUGCUAGAAACAGGACUGGGGACGAACCGCCAACCACCCCCAUGCUGCUCGGCAGUGCGCAAGCGCCGCCCCGGGGACGGUGCGCGGCCCUCCCCGCGUGGUGGUGGCGGCAGAGGCGGCAGCAUGGGGGACACGCUGGAGGAGCCGUGGUGGGACACUCCGGCCGGGGCUGGCAGCACUCCAGAUCCUUCAGAUGAUGAAGCUACUGAGAAAGCAAGUGAUAACAGGACAGGAACACAAGAAGAUUCAAAUUCCAAAACUGCUGUGACAAAGAAAAGGAAGAAGCCUACAGAGUGUUUUCUAAGUCAGCCUGAAGAAAAGCAAGAAAGCACUGUAAAGGCAAAGAGGAGAAAGAAGAAGAAAAUUUCUGAUAUCCUGGAAAAAUCCACUCCAAAACCCGGUGUCCCUGCCGAUCUACAAAACCUGCUUAGUCAAUAUUUUAGUGAAAACCGUUCAGUGAUUGAGAAAGAGGAAUUAAAGCUGCCAGAUUCUUGCUUUUUGCCAGCCAAUGAUCUCACCCACAGUUUUUCUUCAUACCUGAAGGAAAUCUGUCCUAAGUGGGCAAAACUCCGUAAAAGCCACAAGGAGAAGAAGUCAGUGGUCAUGCUGGUUAUCUGCAGCUCUGCCCUUCGUUCCUUGGAACUCAUCAAGUCAAUGACAGCAUUUAAAGGAGACUGCAGAGUUCUCAAGCUGUUUGCAAAGCACAUAAAGAUAAAAGAACAGAUGACUAUGUUGGAGAAAGGCGUGUUCCACAUCGGGGUUGGAACUCCCGGGAGAGUGAAAGCACUAGUGGAGCAAGAUGGCCUGUGCUUGAACUCCACAAAAUACAUGAUUCUGGAUUGGAACUGGAGAGAUCAGAAACUAAGGAGAAUGAUGGAUAUCCCUGAGAUAAAGAAAGAAACAAUUGACCUACUGGAGAUGAGCAUUAUAAAGCUGUGCAGAGAGGGGUCUGUGAAGCUGGGACUCUUUUAAUGUUUUUUACCGAGAAGGGAAUCAUUUGCAGCUGCAUGUUACUGUUAUCAUGUGUGCAUUUGACAAAUGAUAUUAAUACAGAAAGGAUGCACAUUGCAACUUUUUUUCCCCCUGAGUUUCCUUUUAAUAGUAAACAAGAAGUUUUCUUUGUAGUUUCAGUGUGAUUCUUAUUGCAGGAACCAUGUGAUACUGAAAUUAGACUUACCUUGCAUUUGCCUGCUAGAUUUACUACCACAUGUUAUUUGUGAGGCUUUGAAAGGGAAUAAACUUGGCUGUGAAAGUCUUUGUACAAAUCAAUUUUCUGUUAUCCCCCUCUUGUUGUCCCAAAGAAAGCAUUUACUUCUCUCCUGAGAGUGGUAAUCUAGUUCUUGCCCUGAAGGGUUUUUUUGAGAAAGUAGUAUACAUUUCAGUAAUUUAUCAGAAAUGUAUUUUUCACCCAUCUGUUCCAGACCUGGCCAGAUGUGCUUUAUUGCUAUUACAUGAUACACUGCCUGUAUAUUAUAUCAAGGCUUUAUU